CGUUGCUAAUUCCUUACACUUUAUAAAUUGCUUUUCCAGUAACAUAUCUUCCAAAUUUGAUGAUACAGUAUUUUUAUGAAAAUGCAUCGCUUAGAUUCCUUGUUUAAGUCUGUAUUGCCUUAAAAACUAAUUGGAUGGAAUAGUAGUGUGAAGGAUAUUAUUGAAACACGCUCAAAAUGAUGUAAAUAAUAAUCCAACAAUCAGAUCCCUUAGGAAAUGGAUGAUUCGUUGUCUAAUGGAUAAUAUUUAGUGGCAUAUUUACAUAUCUCAUUUCUUGUGUUUAAAUAAACCCCAAACAAAACAAGCGAUGGAAACAAACCGCGUUUCUGUUGAGCGUCUUUCUGAAACCAAUGAACCGGAUGUUAUAAAAGAAGACGCUAAAUGUAAUGAAGAUUUGGAAACCCUGGAACAAGAUGAUGAUGAAGAAAGUGAACAUUCAGAGGGUCUAGAUAUUGUAAUAGAAAAAUGUUGUCCCGAUAACAAAGUUGUAACUUGCAACGGUGACGAAGGUAAAGUAACACUGAGACGGAAGAAGACUUCAUUUUCAGAAACUGUUGAAACCAUACCGGACAAUGAUUACAAAUAUAUGGAUUAUGUACAAGUACCCAAAACAGGAACCUCGCGAAGGAAAUUUGAGAUAGGAAAUGAAAAGAUGGUCAGCAAUGAUGAUCUGAAUUUAGCAGCAACGUUAGUGCACGAUGCAAUGGAAGGAAGAACUACAGACAUAAAAUCAGAGCCAAAAUAUGUGAGGUCGUAUAACCGGUACAAGUCCUGGCCUCUGACAUACCUUCUAUAUGUGUGUUUGGUCGUGGAUCUCAGCCUAGUAAUGUUUGAAGAUCCAGCUGUACAGGGGAUUGGCUUACACUAUUCUGUAACAAUGAGUGUUGAAGUUUUGUGUGUGGUGUAUUUUACGAUCCGAACAUGUCAUAACUUUCACUGGAGGAGAACAAAGUCGUUCUUUAGAGACAUCAAAAACAGCUUCAUUAUAGGAAUAAUAACUCUAACGGUUAUAGACAUGUUAGUGUUCAUCAUAAUGAAGCAAACAAUGCCAGAUAGCCGAAUUGUAAGGUACUCUAGAGCUUUAAGACCACUUCUCAUUGUCAACUUCUCAGAUGGAAGACAGAUACGACGAGCCUGGCGAAACAUGCGUAGAACCAUAAAAGAGAUUGUUCACGUUCUUGUUCUUUUCUACUUCUUUAUUUUUGUGUUUGCUCUUAUCGCCUACCAGAUGUUCAGUUCAAGAACGGAUAUGAAGUACCCUGAUGGUAAAGACUAUUUUAAAGACUACAUGGAUAGUGUUUGGGAUUUGUACGUACUUGUAACGACGUCAAACAACCCGGAUGUUAUGAUGCCGGCUAUAGAGAAAAGCAGGUUUUAUUGCAUCUUCUUCUUCGUAUUCAUCCUCGUCUGUUUCUACCUUCUCCUGAACGUGUUCCUUGCUGUCGCCUACCACAGCUACAAUGAAAACAUGAAGGAUGAAAUAAAGACAAGUGCUCGCGACAAGAAAAAGAAACUGGUUCAAGCGUUUGAUGUGAUCAAGAUCAAUCAUAAUGGAGAAGACAUGGUUACUUACAGAAUGUGGAAGCGUCUAAUGACCCUGGCUCAACCAAAGCUAUCCAAGAACCAAAUUGACCUACUUAUGCUGAUCUUAGAUACAAACCGCUCUGGCCAUAUAGGGAAACGAGAGUUUAUGAACGUUGCUGAUCUCCUAAAUGUUCCGGUAUCUGAGGUUGAGGACAGAAUAACAAUUCUAGAGAAAUGGUUCCCGAACAUGUACAACUCAAUUCCGGCUGAAUACGUUAAAACAUUUGUGGAUAGUGUUUUCUUCAAGUUCAUGUAUGAUUUGAUUGUUAUCAUCGAGAUAUUCCUUAUUGGAUUCAACGUUCCACACAUUGAUGUCCCUUUCUGUGUCCUGUUCAUCAUCGAGAUCUUGAUUAAGAUAUUCACGAAUGGACCGAUGAAAUACUUCAAACGAUUCAGCAACUUAUUCGAUGUCACCAUUACAUUGGCUUCCUUGAUCAUUAUUAUCACAAGGACCGUAUAUCCGCAUCAAGAUCGUGUUCAGGUAGAAACGACACAAGUUAUAAACAUCAUAAGAAUAUUCAGAAUCUUGCGAUUGCUUGUUCAUAUUAAAAGGUUCAAAAUUAUUACAGAUACAUUAAUCAACAUUUCACUAUCAAUAUUCAUGUAUUGUGGUAUUUUAUUCAUCAUAUUCUAUAUCUUUGCUAUCGUCGGAAUAGAGGUAUUUCAAGGAACGAUCAAGCCGCCCGUGCAAAAUGUGACCAACGCCACUUUAGAUGAUAUCUAUUGUGGUGCAGAGGAGCUGAAAGACAGUGCUUUCUAUGAAUCCAGAUAUUGCAAUCUUAAUUUCAACGAUUUCAUCAGUGCAAUACUUGUUCUUUCAACUAUACUGUUUGAAAACAAUUGGCAUAUUCUCACACAGGGUUAUGUGCUGGUUGUUGGAAAGGCCGCACGGAUAUAUUUUGCAGUCUUCUUUAUGUGCGUCUCCGUUGUCGUAAUGAACAUUGUAACGGCGUUCGUUGUGGACAUGUUUAUGUAUGAAUACACCAUCCAGAAGGAGGGAAAAUGUGAUUCAAAUGUCGAGAAGAAAAUAAAGGAUCUUGGUCUUGGAAUAGAUGCUGACACAGGUCUGGAGAUAUCAGCUCCUCUGUCUGACCAUGAAAUGGAUGAGUUAUUGAAGGACGGAACGAUUGAAAAACCGAGGCAACACCCCUGGGUGGAGAGUGCGACCAUGAAAGGAUUGCGAAAUGCUGAAGUCAGAUUCUCGGCCGCUAUCAGCUCUUUCGUAAGCAAAAGAAAGAGCUCCGUGCCGACACUGAGCAGAUUUGAUGGUAUACGCUUUCACAUAAAGAAAAGAGGAUGGACAAAGAUUGAAGUACUGUUGCAACAACUGUAUGAUGUAGAAUGUGACACGGAAAUUGACUUAACUCUCAACUACACAGAUAACACACAGAACAACAGACUUAAAUCAAUGAUUCUGUGAAUAUAAGAUAUAUAAGGUUUUAGCGAUGUGCAGUUUGAAUACAAUGCAAAUGCAAUUAAACAGUUAGCAGAAAAAUUGCCUUCCAUGACAAAUGGUUAAGAUUACACAUAGUUAGUUACCAUAAAAAUACUUUUGGAUUUUAGUGUUUAGUGAUAUGUACAUGUAUACCAGAUCAGUAAAAAAAGAAUAAGUGUAAAGUGUGUGAGUGAGGAAAAUAUGUAACCAGGCCGCCCAGGACAUUAUUUCAGUAAAAUAUUAUUUCCUAAAUAGAUGAUUGUUUGUGAUUGUCGUCUGCAUUUUAUUAUGUACGCUGUUUUUGUUAAAGCAUAUUGUCAAUGACAGAGAAUUACAAUGGAUUGUUACUGGAAAUGUUUCUUGCUUUUACCAUUCAUUUCUUGCAGCAUUGUUUCACGUGCAGCAUUCAUAAAAAUAAUGUAUAAACAAAUAUAAGUGAUCAGGUCAUACUGGAGUAGGGAAUACAUGUAAUCCGUUCUUGACAACAGUGUUUAAGAGCGUCCAUACAAGGCACUAUUGAACAUAAUAAAGGCGUCAUAUCAUAUUGUAAAUAUAGAAUCUAUAUGUAUAGUUUAUAGGUAUAUUUAAUUAUUACAUGUGUAUAUAGUAAGAUGUAUUUACUUUUUAGAUAAGCAAACACAUUUUGUUGAUAUCAUAUCAUGACAAUUAAUAACAUAAAAUUUGAUAAACU